CUUGCAAGUAUUCGGUGUUAUCGUUUUUACAAAUCAUGUUGCGACAGUUCUUGUUAGUGUUUUUUAUGGUUACUAUCGAUGCGGAAGAAUUGAUAAAAAAACCUCCAAGGUUUCGUCCUGACUACAAAUACGUGGCGGCGAUAGACGGCUGGCUGAAGCUGUACCGGGUACCUACCAACUGGAAUGACGCCCGCACACGGUGCCAGCUCGAAGGUGCGGACCUCGCGUCUCCAUCCAAUGACCAAAUGUUGCAAGCUAUGGUGGACAUCAUCGGGCAGGCCCGUGGCGUCAACUGUGGCGUCUACACCGGUGUUAAUGCUUGGUUCUCCCAUGGAGAUUAUACCUCUAUCGAUGGUACUCCCCUGUCGGAGAUGCCCGUAGAGUUAACGAAUUCACAGACAUGUCCUCAAAUGGCAACGUACCCCUGCACAGUUCUGUUACCUUCAGGCACCAUUAACAUCGUAGAAUGCAAGCAUCUGUAUCCUUUCAUAUGCUACAGAAAGAAUAAUAAGGAGAUUCAUAACAUCAGUGAAUGUGGAACUAUUGAUUCUGAAUAUAAAUACUUUGAAACAACGGGCCAAUGCUACAAAUUUCAUAGGCAGCCACAAAUCUGGUCAGAUGCUUACAAGAUCUGCCUGGCUGAAGGCGGACAUUUGGCCGUCAUAAACAGCCCGGAAGAGGCCAAGAUCUUAUCCAGUAUUUUCGCGCAGCAUCCGGCUCAUACCAUGAUGUCGAGAUUCAAACACCACCUGUUACUCGGAUUCAUUAAAUUAAACAAAUCUUGGGGCACUAUACAUGGUCAAAGUCUUGAAGAAGCGGGUUAUGCGAUUUGGGCUCCAAACGAACCAAAUAACUCACCACACCCAGAAAACCCUGGCCACCGUGACCCUUACGGCAACAAUGAGAGCUGCGGGACAAUGCAACGUGACGGUCUUUUGAAUGAUGCUUGGUGUGAUAUUACGUUCGCUUUCAUCUGUGAAAAACAUUUACCUAUUGAUGCAAUCGAAAAAGAGAUGCCGGCAGUAAUAAAGGAAUAAAAUUACGCACAAACGUGUUUACUAUGAUAAGUUACAACUUAUUUUGGGACAUUUUAUUGAGUGUUCCUGUUGGUGAUGAUUGUUGUAAAGCUUCUCUAA